GUAGUAGAAGUACAGUACAGUAGAACUGAGGAAUUCCUCCUGUGCGUUUGUUUUUGCGACGACCCAAAAUUGGGGGCGAAACCCAGCCAAUCCAGCCAGCCCCCCACGAUCCCAAUCCCCGAGAAAUCCGCGAUCGGAGCCCUAAUCCCUCCCAAAUCCCAUCUCCGGCCGGCCAAAUGCUUCCCGCCGGCGAUGGCCCGUCGGGCGCCGUCGCCGCUCUGUCCUUCCCGGACGCGGACGGCGACGACUACUCCGAAGACGGCGACUUUACCGACGCGCCGUUUCUCGAGCCGCCCGAUCCGGGCCUUCCCGACCCCACCUCCUCCUCCGCCACCGCCCUGCUCCCCGCCGGCGGCGGCAGCGGCGGCCAGGCCUCGUCCGGCGGCGAGCGGCGGCCCCUCUUCCAGCGCCUCUGGACGGAGGAGGACGAGAUCGUGAUCCUCCGCGGCUUCGCGGAGUUCACCGCCGCGCGCGGCACGGCCUUCGCGUCGCACCAGUACGACACGGACCCCUUCUACGAGGACAUGCGCCGCCGCCUCCAGCUCGACUUCUCCAAGAGCCAGCUCGUCGAGAAGCUCCGCCGCCUCAAGCGCAAGUACCGCAACUGCGUCUCCCGCCUCCGCGGCUCCGGCGCCGCCUUCUCCUUCCGCUCCCCGCACGAGCAGGCCAUUUUCGAGAUCGCGCGCAACAUCUGGCGCCCCGCCAACAAGCACGGCAAGGACCCCUCGGCCGACUCCGACGACGAAGAAGCUGUCGUUGCCGUCGCCGCCGCCGCGGUUGCCGCCACAGCCGUCCCUGUGAUCACCAGCCCCAAUGGGAAUGGGGAAGUCAAAUCACCCUCAGGCUCAGGGCGGCAGCGCCGCCGAAGACGCUCCUCAGAGUCCACCCCUGCAACCGCCCCUGUCCCUGCCACCAUUUUGGUGCAACCCCCUCAGCCAGUGCAGGUGCCUGUGUCAAUCCCUGUCAAGAUAGAUGAUUCGCUGCCAGCGCUGCCCCAGACUCCAAUGCCUGUGACGGUGACCAUGGAGGGAUCAGAGCCUCUCAGAUUUCCGGUCAUGUCACCUCAGUCAGGGGUUGUUGAUGUUGACAAGAAUUGUCUGACACCUCUGUUUAAGGAGAUGAUUCAUGCAGUGAUACAUGCUGGAUCCAACCCGUUCGGUGUGAAACUGCCUGAGCCACCGCUUGGGUUGCCCAUGGAUGGCGAGAAGUGGAGAAAUCAACGAAUUCUAGAGCUGGAGGUGUACUUGAAGCGGAUCGAACUGCUGCAGGACCAGGUGAAGGCGGCGCUUGAGGAGCUCAAGUCCUCCACACCUGAGAAUUGAGGCAUUUCAAUUAGGAACUGAUAAGGUGACCCUUGUCAUAGGAUUAUUGCUGCAGUUCUCAGGGUAAAUGUUUAGGUUUUCCUCUUUUUUUUUUUUUUUUUUUGCAGAUUUUCGUUCAUAAAAGAAUAUUGUUAACAGGAUUGGGACUUGCGACUAGUUUAUUUCUGGUUCUAAUUGUUCAUCUGAUAUUUAGCCGUGGUUUAUUUCUGUAUAAUGUAGGUGUUUCUUUUUGUCUGUGUUUAA